CGGGCGGUGCCGGUCCCUGCCGGGCCCCGGGCGGUGCCGGUGCCACCGCCCCGCUUUCCCAGCGCCCCGCGCGGCGCCGCCCGGCCCGGCCCGGCGCGGCCUCAGGAGGGAGCGCGGAGCCGCCUCCGGGCCCGGCCUGGCGCUCGCCGAGAUGCCGCUGCUGGUUAACGGAGCGCGGGUGGACCUGUCCCGGCCCACGGGGGACAUGAUCCGCGCACACCCGCACCUCGAGGAAAAGGCAAAGCUUCUGAGAAGUCAGCCUGCUCAGACUGUGGAACCCAAAGGCCUCCUCUAUGUCCAGCAGAGAGAGUUUGCAGUGACCACCCCCAAAGAUGGUUCUGUUUCUAUUCUUGGAUCAGAUGAUGCAACUACCUGCCACAUAGUUGUGCUCCGACACACAGGCAGCGGAGCCACCUGCCUGACACACUGUGACGGGUCUGACACGGAGGCCGAGGUGUCGCUCAUCAUGAGUUCAGUAAAGUCUCUCUCAAACACCACGGGCUGUGGCAGGCUGGAAGUGCACCUAGUUGGAGGUUUCAAUGAUGAUAGGCAGUUAUCACAAAAACUUACUAAUCAGCUUCUUAGAGCGUUCGAUCUCCAGCCAGAUGAUGUUCACUUAGUGACCUUCUGUGUAACAGAACUAAAUGAUAGAGAAGAACAAGAUAUUCACUUUCCAAUCAUUUAUGGAAUAGCUGUGAAUGUUAAAACAGCAGAGAUUUUCCCUGCAACCUUCCCAGAAAAAGGGCCGGAUGAGGAUUUGCGUUCAGCCCAUGUUUUAACAGGAGCACCACUCACCAACAUCUACGAUGCAAAGACGGAACAGCUCCGUAUUGGGCCUUAUUUCUGGGGGCCUUUCCCACACGUGGACUUCUGGUUGGAACAGGAUGAUGCCCAGAUUUUACAGAAUCUUUCCACUUCGCCCCUGGCUGAGCCACCCCACUUUGUUUCCCACAUCCGAUCUACAUUAACAUUUCUAAAAGCACAUCCCUUUCCAUCUCGGUCCCUGUUCCCUGACAGCAAACCUCGCAUCUACAAGAAAAACAAAGAAGGGUUGUGGGAACAGGUUUGUUCUGACAAGAUCUAACCUGGACCCAACCACUACAACUGCUUUAGGGAAGUACAGUCUUGCAAGAUGAGCAAUUUGUUGUAAAAAGGAUACUGCUGGUCACAAAUACCAUUGUUCCUGUGCUUUUCAAAAUAAAAUAUUUUGAUAGAAGUAA